AUGUUCAUCUGGCAGCUUGUGGCUUUCCUUGCUGGACGUGGUGCGGCAAAGUCUUUCUCCGGCCUCGAGACCAGCUACCGUUUCGCACAGCUGACGGAUGUUCACAUCGAGCCCUUCUACAACCCGGAGCGCGGCCAUUUGAAGGGUGGCGUCUGCCGCGUUCCUGAGGCUUUCAAUAAGUCCAGCUGUGUGCCCUUCAAGGUGGAGCCUGAAGCAGCGACCUACCCUUUGGGAAGGCUGAACUGUGAUCCUCCCUUCGCUUUGCUCCGAUCGGUGCUCGAGCACAUGGCGCACGUUGCUGAGACGGAGAAGCCUGACUUCGUGAUGUUCACUGGAGACAUCCCCAGCCAUCAGCUGUCAUGUCAGUUCCAUCAAGCACGUACUAUCGAGAUGGUCAUAGAGAUGAUGGCGGAUAAGUUGAAGAAAGUGGCACCUACAUGGUUCCCAGCCAUGGGUAACAAUGACUAUUUCCCAAACUACAACGUGUCUAUGGAGCCAAACAGCCCCUGGCAGCAGUUCGUGGCCUCCAUCUACGCACGCGAAGGAGUGCUCAGCGGUGAGCAGCUGAAGACCUUUGCAGCGGGAGGCUACUACUCCGCCUCCCCUCGCCCAGGACUUAAGGUGAUUGUGCUCAACACAGUGGUUUGGAGUCAGAAGGUUCUGGAUUGGAAUGCUGCUCCGAAGAAGCAUGUGCAUCAUCAUCAGGACGUCUCUGAGGCGAACCUGUACCAUGGCCCGGAUGCUCCCCUUGAGGGUUCGGACACCAGCGGCUGGGUAUGGGAUGAGGAUGUGGCGAGCAAGAAGAUCUUCGUCGAUUGCGACGCGCGUCCUGCGGACCCGUACGGGCAGCUUGCCUGGGCACGGCAGGAGCUCCUAAGAGCGCGUAGCUCGGGACAGCGCGUCAUCGUCGCAGGGCACGUGCCGCCCGGGAACAAGGUUGGAAGCAACAACUUCUGCCAACAGCAUCUGGAUGACUUCAAACACCUUACGCAGGACUUUGCAGACAUCAUCGAGGUACAGCUCUAUGGAGAUCAUUCCAACGACGAGUUUCGCAUGGUUUGGGAGGAGACCCCGCGUCCACGAGCUGUAUCCUCCAUCUUGGUGAGUGCAGGCGUGACACCGCGGAAGCACUGCAACCCCUCUUGGAGGAUGUUCGAGGUCUCCAAAGAGCACCAGGUCUCUGACUUCUCCCAGUACUUCCUACGCUUGGCGGAUACCGACAUCCAGCUGAACAUGGACAGCCGCUGGGAGAAGCUGCACCGGCUGGGAAGGGACGAGGAGGUCUCCUGGAAGUUCUGGCAGAAGCAGUAUUCCUUCCGCGACCAGUACGGCGUGGGCCUGGAUCCGGAAGAGCUUCAGGAGCUGUGGAUGGCACUGCAGAGAGACCCGGGCCUCCUGCGCACUUACGUGAGCCACAUGUUCUCUCAGACCGUAGGCAACUACGAUUACUUCGACUACAUCUGCGACAUGCGCUACCUCUCGGAGGAGAAGAACGACGCUUGCUCGGCUCGGGGAGCUCUCCUGGAAAGCCCCCCUCCGCUUGAGCUACGACGUGCCAUCGGGCCGACAUCGUCAGACGCCGAAGUUGCAGAGACCUACGGCAGCAUGCGCCUGGCCGUCUUGGGUGCCAGCCUAACCCUCAACUUGCUGCUGGGCUCCGUCGUCCUGCUGAUGGUUCGAAGGCGGAGGCGGGAGGAGGCGGCCUCCUACGUCGCCUUGCCGUGA